UGGGGUUUUCAGUUCACAUCACCAUAGUUUUUCUUUUGAGAAAAUGGAAAGUAAAAUGGUUCAGAGAAAAGCAGCAUAAUACUAAAGAGGGAAGAGAGAUGCACAUGGCACGAAGAAGCUCCCAUUAAUGACUCACUUGUUUCCAAAGUGGUAACUUUCUUCAGCCACUUCCCAAUUACCUAUUCCGUUCACACCCCAAUCCAUUUCCUCUCACAUUUCCAACAUCCCUAUUUGCAAUUUGCAAUAUUUCUUCUCCUCCUCCUAUAUUAUAUAAUAUAUCUAUAUUCUCUCAACUGGGUACCCUCUCACCAUUCUCUUUUCCCUUUGAGGGUACCCCAGAAACAGAUCCGAUCCAAAUCCUUCUCAUUCUCCAUUAAAGCUCAAUUUUUUACCGUUAUUACUGAUUAUUGGUAUCUGGGUUUCGCUCUAAGUGCCGUUUGGAACAUGCCAUCGCACAGUGCUUAGUGUCGAACCCCUUUUUCCCCUUUGUCCAAACCCAGCAAAUAAAAUGAUUAACAAACCGCUUUUUCUUACAUAUGUCUACUUGUUCAUCUACAUCUUGCUCUCAUCCGGCGUCAUUUUGUACAACAAGUGGGUUUUGUCGCCGAAAUACUUUAACUUUCCCCUUCCCAUAACGCUCACAAUGAUUCACAUGGCAUUCUCUGGGGCAGUCGCAUUUUUCCUUGUUCGGGUCUUUAAGAUUGUGUCUCCUGUCAAAAUGACAUUUGAAAUCUACGCAACUUGUGUGGUACCAAUAAGUGCUUUCUUUGCAUCUAGUCUUUGGUUUGGUAACACUGCCUACUUGCACAUCUCCGUGGCUUUUAUCCAGAUGCUCAAAGCUCUGAUGCCGGUGGCAACUUUCCUUAUGGCUGUUUUGUGCGGAAUUGACAAAGCAAGGUGUGAUGUGUUCUUGAACAUGUUGCUGGUCAGUGUUGGAGUUGUCAUUUCCUCCUAUGGGGAAAUUCAUUUUAAUACAGUUGGUACAGUUUACCAGGUCACAGGCAUCUUUGCAGAAGCUUUAAGACUGGUCUUAACACAAGUCCUUCUGCAGAAAAAGGGGUUGACUUUAAAUCCUAUUACAAGCUUAUAUUACAUAGCUCCCUGCAGUUUUGUGUUUCUCUUUGUGCCCUGGUACCUAUUGGAGAAGCCAGUAAUGGAAGUUUCCCAGAUUCAGUUUAAUUUCUGGAUCUUCUUUUCCAAUGCUAUAUGUGCACUAGCCUUGAACUUCUCAAUUUUCUUAGUCAUUGGUAGAACUGGUGCUGUAACCAUCCGGGUUGCUGGUGUGCUUAAAGACUGGAUAUUGAUAGCUCUUUCCACUGUUAUAUUCCCAGAAUCUACAAUAACUGGGUUGAACAUAAUUGGUUAUGCAAUUGCACUAUGUGGAGUUGUGAUGUACAACUACAUAAAGGUUAGAGAUGUAAGGGCCUCUCAAUUGCCUGCUGAAACUAUUCCAGAUCGGAUCACAAAGGAGUGGAAAUUCGAGAAGAAGUCAUCUGAUAUUUAUAUGCCAGAUAACAUUGAUGAGAAUGAGGGAAGCAGUGGAGGUAAUGGAAGUGCAUCUGAUAUGAAAAUUGAUGAAGAAACACCACUUGUUUCAUCAUCAAGGUUAUCUCAUAUUGGACGUACGCAGUUAACCAACCAAUAUGCAAUAGGAAAGUGAAAACUGAAAUAGAAGAUUAUAUAUACGAGAGUACCCUUUUGGAGAAAGAACUAGGAAGGGGAAUGCAUCUCUGUUCCUCAUUCUUUUUAGGCAAUAGGUUUCAUAAUUAAAUCAUAUGCUUGUUAUUUGUAAUUACUUGCCUGUGUAGAAUUCAUCAUCUCUGAUUUACCAUUCUGAAUCAUGGUUUUUGACAAUAUAGAUAAGGGAACAAAUUGCUACUUCUUGUUUGAUAGCUUUUUAUGUUAAAUUUUUCAAAAUUAAGCUUUGUUUGGAUUACUUUUAUUGAUCAAUUACAUUGCAAUGAAAAAUGAUAUUCAUGGUGCCUUUAUGUA